AUGGCUCCUAAAAGACGUGUGAACACUCGUCGUAGUGGGGCUAACACCUCAGACGACACUCCUCUUGAGGCUCUUGUUGCUAACGCCGUCAAUACAGCUAUUGCGGGUUUAGUUCCUAACUUAUUACAGCAGUUACAACAAAUGAAUCAUGGAGGUAACCAUAAUGGACCACCACCAGGAGGUAACCACAACGGACCACCACCAGGAGGUGACCAUAACGGACCACCACCAGGAGGUAACCACGACAGGCCACCUCUCGGAAAUAAUGUUAACCCUCCUGUUAGCAUCCAUCAAUGGCUUGCACACUUCCAAAAACAAAAGCCAAAAUCAUUUAGUACUGCUACUACACCAGUUGAGGCGGAAAACUGGAUCGCUCAUAUCGAGAAAUUGUUUGAAGUGUUGGGCGUUGAUGAUGUGUUCAAAGUCAGGCUUGCUACUUACAAAUUGGAGGACGAUGCUCAUAGGUGGUGGAAGAUUUUGAAAAGUUCUCAUGGAGGAGAUAAUUACGCAGCUACACUCUCAUGGGAUGAGUUUCGCUCAUUAUUUUAUCAGCAGUAUUUCACUGAUGCUGAUCGUAGUGAAUACCUGAGAGAAUAUUCAUCCAUCAUGCAGAGAAAUGAUGAGCCUAUCAUGGAAUUUAAGAACCGUUUCCGUCGCUUGGUUAGUUUUCUAGGCCCCGCCGCUGGCACGAUAGAGCAGCAGACAAACACUUUCAAGUGGGCUAUAUGUGACCGGGAUAGGAAGUUUAUCCUGAAUCUUCGUUUUAAUGACAUUAAUGAGAUUGUUGACGCGGUUAAGAACUUGGAUAACGAUAAGAAGCAUCGUCAGAAGGCGUUUGAUGAUAACCGCAAACGCCCAAGGGAAAAUAAUCAGGAUCACUCUUCUUUUCGCGCUGGAAACGAUCAGUCCUUAGCACCCCGAGACCGUAAACAUCGUUCUGAUAAGAAUUUCAACAAUCAAUCACGAAAUGGGGGAAAUCGAAAUCAAAAUCAUAAGCCUGCACAAAACCAAGCACAACAGAAUCAGGCCCUCAUUAGAGCACAACAAAACCCACAACCGAACCGUGAUCCUCCUUGUGCCACUUGCGGGAAACCUCACAAAGGUAUUUGUCGCCGAGCUGAAGGCCUUUGUUUCAAAUGUGGAGAUGCAGGACACAUGAUUAAAGCUUGCCCUCAGCUUGCCCCUAAAGCCAAUACCGGGGGUAAUGCUAGACCUGCUGUGGGAGGACGUGUGUUCGCGUUGACAGCUGAUGACGCAGCAAAUGCCCCAGGUACGGUUUCCGGUUAUUUACGCAUUGGUGAACGUGAAAUUUAUGCCUUGUUUGAUACUGGUGCGACACAUUUUGUGGUAUCUCUCUUAAUUGCUAAGCACUUGAUGACUAUGCCUACUACUUUAGAAUACCCUUUAGUGAUAUCUACUCCCUUAAGAAAUUCUACUAUCAUCUCUCAUGUUUAUCGAGAUUGUCCGAUCCAAAUCGCGUCCAUUAUUCGUCCCGCAAAUUUGUAUCCCAUUCAGAUGAAUGACUUCGAUGUUAUUCUUGGCAUGGACUGGCUCUCUCGGCAUAAUGUCUCGAUUGAAUGUCAGACUCGCCGCAUUGUUUUUGGAAAUCCUCAGCGUCCUGAAUUCAUUUAUCAAGGGACUCAACCUCGUAAGCCAUUGAAAAUAAUUUCUGCAUUUAAGGCCCAAAGGUUUCUUUCACACGGGUGUGUAGCAUUCUUUGCUUCGAUAAAAGCUACGUCGUCGAAUGAGACCAACAUCUCCGAUUAUCCAAUUGUCCGUGAGUUUUCGGAUGUAUUUCCUGAAAAGCUGCCUGGACUCCCACCAGAUCGCGAAGUGGAGUUCACUAUUGACCUGAUUCCUGGUGCCGAGCCGAUUUCUAAAGCACCGUACCGCAUGGCGCCUCUGGAGCUCAAGGAGCUCAAAGAGCAGUUGCAAGAGUUGUUGGAACUUGGUUUUAUUAGACCUAGUCUGAAGAUCAAAGAUUCAGACAUUCCUAAAUCAGCUUUCCGCACUCGGUAUGGUCAUUAUGAGUUUUUGGUUAUGCCAUUCGGGUUAACCAAUGCUCCAGCUGUUUUCAUGGACCUAAUGAAUCGAGUAUUUCACGAGUUUCUCGAUAAAUUCGUCAUAGUCUUCAUCGACGAUAUUUUGGUCUAUUCUAAGAGCAAGGAAGAACAUGAGUACCAUCUUCGUACCGUACUUGAAAUUUUGCAACAGAAGAAGCUUUAUGCAAAAUUUUCGAAGUGCGAGUUCUGGUUAGACCGAGUAGCUUUCCUUGGUCAUGUGGUUUCCGCUGAAGGUAUUUUAAUGGAUCCUGCUAAGGUGGAAGCAAUCACUAAAUGGCCUACACCUACCUCAGCCACCGAGGUUCGCAGUUUUCUUGGCCUCGCUGGAUAUUAUCGAAGAUUUGUCGAAGGAUUUUCAACCAUCGCCUUACCUCUAACCCAACUUCUGAGAAAAGGGGUUAAGUACGCUUGGAAUGAUGAUAGAGAGAAAAGUUUUCAGGAGUUGAAAAAAAGGUUAGUGUCUGCCCCGAUUCUCACACUCCCAUCAGGUACAGGUGGAUAUCAAAUUUAUAGUGAUGCUUCGAAGAAGGGACUCGGAUGUGUUUUGAUGCAACACAAUAAGGUCAUUGCUUAUGCCUCACGCCAGUUGAAGCCGUAUGAGGUUAAUUAUCCGACGCAUGACCUCGAGCUUGCCGCCGUUAUCUUUGCUCUAAAGAUUUGGCGACAUUAUUUGUACGGAGAGACUUGUGAUAUUUUCACUGAUCACAAGAGCUUGAAGUACAUCUUUACACAAAAGGAGUUAAACAUGAGACAACGACGUUGGUUAGAGCUUUUAAAAGAUUAUGAUGCCAAUAUCCAGUAUCAUCCGGGAAAGGCCAAUGUUGUGGCCGAUGCUCUUAGCCGAAAGAACUUUGGGACAAUUUCAUCUCUUCGAUUGCAACCUCAUAUUCUAACUGAUCUUGAAAAGCUAGGUAUUGGUAUCCAUCUUGGUGACGCUGACGGUUAUCUAGCCAGAUUUCAGAUUGAGCCCGACUUAAUAUCGCGCAUCAAGAGUGCUCAACAAGAUGACGGAGAACUUUGGGCUAUUAUACAGAAUUUGGAGGUUGGUAAACAGUCAGAAUUUCGCAUUGACGAAAAUGGAGUAGUUUGGUGUGGAAAACGGUUAUGUGUUCCUAAUGAUUCCACCCUACGUGAAUCAUUGUUAGCUGAAGCUCAUAGUUCACCAUUCUCUAUCCACCCCGGAUCUACAAAGAUGUAUCGAGAUCUUCGUCAGCACUUUUGGUGGAAUGCUAUGAAAGAAGAUAUAGCCAGAUAUGUUAGCAGAUGUCUUACUUGUCAACAAGUGAAGGCAGAACAUCAGAGAGCCGGAGGUUUGCUUAAACCACUAGAUAUUCCGAUAUGGAAGUGGGAUGACGUUUCAAUGGAUUUUGUAACUGGUCUACCAAGGACGUUCAAAAAGAAUGAUGCUAUCUGGGUUGUAGUCGACCGUUUGUCAAAGUCAGCUCACUUUCUCCCGAUUCAGCAGGGAUUCUCAGUCAGUAGAUUAUCUGAAGUCUUUACUCAAGAAAUCAUUAGACUUCAUGGUACCCCAGUCUCUAUCGUGUCUGAUCGAGACCCGCGGUUCACUUCACGGUUUUGGAAGGGAUUUCAAGCUGCUUGGGGCACCAAAUUGAGAUUCAGCACGGCAUUUCAUCCUCAGACAGACGGUCAGUCAGAGCGUACUAUUCAGACACUCGAGGAUAUGCUUCGAGCUUGUGCUCUGGAGUGGACAGGAAAUUGGGAUGAAUAUCUUUGUCUUGUCGAGUUUACCUACAAUAAUAGUUGGCAAGCUAGCAUUGGUAUGGCACCGUUCGAACUUCUUUACGGACGAAAGUGUAGAGCACCUAUCUGUUGGGAGGAAGUUGGUGAGAAAAUCAUUGAAGGACCCGAACUAGUGCAAAUUACCAGUGAGAAAGUUGCUAUCGCUAGGGAAAAGUUGAAGGAAGCGCAGAGUCGACAGAAAAGCUAUGCAGACCGACAUCGCCGAGCUUUGGAAUUUAAUGUUGGUGAGCAUGCUUUCUUACGAGUUUCGCCUUGCAAAGGUGUUCGUCAUUUUGGAAUCAAGGGAAAGCUUAGCCCUAGAUUCAUCGGUCCAUUCGAGAUUCUUGAAAGAGUUGGUGAAGUUUCUUACCGUUUGGCAUUGCCACCUCAACUAUCGCACGUGCAUAAUGUCUUUCAUAUAUCCCUCCUUAGGGGAUAUAACUAUCAUCCGUUACACGUUGUGAAUUAUCCUUAUCAUCUUAUUCAUGAGGACUUAUCUCUUGAGGAGGAGCCCGAAGCUAUUAUUGACCGCCAAGAACGAAUUAUGCGUAGGAAGACUAUUCCUUUUGUUAAAGUCCUUUGGAAGAACCAUUCUGAACGUGAAGCUACAUGGGAAUUAGAAGACACGAUCCGUUCUCAUUAUCCAAAUUUGUUUUCGUCUUAG